UAGCGUGUAUCACAGCCAUGCUGUUGCAGAAAAGCUGAGCUCUCAAAUACAUGUUUUUUUCUCGGUUUGUGUUUGUUUGUUAUAAUGGGUGUGCGUCGGUAGGAGGUGGAUCAGGUGCACCGGAAGGCCGUUCCCGAUCCCGCUCGAGUAAUUGGCUGCGCGUGAACUUUGCAGCGCGUGUUUGUCCUCGCAUUCGGAAUGUCUCGCGCACAUCGGAAUUACCGGCACCGACUGAGCUGAAGAUCAAACGCGAUCCCCCUCACACACACUGUCAGAAGCGAACAGGCCAGUGCACUUUGAGAGAAAGGGAGAGAGAUUUGCAGCAACCGGAGAGAUGACGGAGAAACGAAUGUCGCGCUGGUAUUUCGGCGGGCUUGCGUCAUGCGGAGCCGCGUGCUGCACGCACCCGCUGGACUUGGUCAAGGUGCACCUGCAGACGCAGCAGGAGGUGAAGAUGAGGAUGGUUGGCAUGGCGAUGCACGUGGUGAAGAACGAUGGCGUGCUGGCGCUCUACAACGGUCUCAGUGCUUCACUCUGCAGACAGAUGUCAUAUUCUCUCACCAGGUUUGCCAUUUAUGAAACAGUCAGAGACAUGAUGGGCAGCAGCAGUCAAGGGCCGAUGCCUUUCUAUCAAAAAGUUUUGCUGGGGGCGUUUGGAGGAUUCACAGGUGGUUUCAUUGGGACUCCAGCAGACAUGGUUAACGUCCGGAUGCAGAAUGAUAUGAAACUCCCUGCAGAGCUCAGGAGAAACUAUAAACAUGCACUUGAUGGACUCUACAGAGUCUGGAGGGAGGAGGGCAUCAGGAGGUUGUUCUCAGGAGCCACCAUGGCUUCCAGCAGAGGAGCUUUGGUCACUGUUGGACAGCUGGCGUGUUAUGACCAGGCAAAGCAGCUGGUGUUGGGCACAGGACUCAUGGGAGAUAACAUACUUACUCACUUCAUGUCAAGUUUCAUUGCCGGAGGUUGUGCGACGUUUCUCUGUCAACCGCUGGAUGUGAUCAAGACCAGAUUAAUGAACUCUAAAGGAGAAUACAGAGGUGUCGUGCAUUGCCUGUCUGAAACGGCCAAACUCGGACCACUGGCCUUUUACAAGGGUUUAGUUCCGGCCGGGAUCCGCUUGAUUCCUCACACAAUCCUGACGUUUGUGUUCCUGGAGCAGCUGAGGCAACACUUUGGGAUCAGAGUGAUCAGCUAAAUGUGUCUGCAGGACCUCCUCUUAAAGCUGCUAUUCAUUUUCAUGACGACAACAACGUUAUUUUGUGGAAGUUCUUUUCUCUCCCAAAUUACACAGCAGUCAUCGUUAUGACAUCAUUAAUGUGAUGACAUCACUCCUGCUCAUGGGACGGAGAUCAGCUUGGUAGCACAGCGUAUGUGAGGAGGUCCAGUCCCAGUGGAUGAACAUAGGAGCUGAGAAGAACGAUCAGACUCAAUAAACUAAAUCGGCCUUUUACUCAUCUUUUCAUGAUGAGGUAUAGAUUGUAGGUGUUGUUGGUGUCAGGAAGAAGAUUCUAAGACUAUGAAUGAAUAGUGCACAGAUUUAAAAUUGAUUAUUGUUUUUAAAUUCUUUUGUUGUAAUGUGACAAGAUGUUUUAAGAAUUAGUUCACUUAAAAAUUGAAAUUUUGUUUUUAUUUUAUCACCCUCAUGAUUACUUUUCUCAGUGCAACACAAAGCCCAUAGGGAAAAGGUUUUACAUUCCUUUGCAAUAAAGAUAUUUUAUUUUCAGUAAGCACUUAUGAGGGUGAAUAAAUUAUGGCAAGAUUUUCACUUUUUGAAUGAACUUAGAUGAUUCUCACUGAAAAGCCAAAUUUAUUUUGCAUGUACAUCAAUGUAAAAAUGGUACAUAUCUGUUUUUGCGUGUGCAUACUUGAUUUACAGGCAUUGGAUUUAAAUGAACUUAAAUUUUACUUCACCCACCAAAAAUUUGCAGUAUGAGAGAAAAUGUGAAAUGGUAAACUGCAUAUAGUUUGCGUGAUAGAUGUCUAAACACACAAUAUGGGGAUCCAGUAGUGUAUUAGAAGUGUAAAUGACCAGUCAAACUUCUGUACUCGGUGCUAUGUUUUCAGUUCAGUUUUCUGUUUUAUAAUUUUCCACUGACGUAUUUCAAUCAUUUCAGAUUUGGAUCCCGUUUGGUGUGACAAUAAUGCUGUAAUUUUUGCAGAUGUUCUUGUAGUUCAUUUACUACCCCGAUGACACGGACAUUAGAUGAAUUAAUUUGCACUAAUUCCUUAUAAUUUAAUAUAAUAUUGCACCUUAGUCAUAAAUAACUGGACCUGAUCUUAGUGAUUUGCUUAAGCAUAUAAUAACAAACUAUAUAUCUGAUUUUACUUGGAGUAAAUACUACAUUGUAUUAGCUGGAUUGAUAUUAGACACCUAAAACAGGCUGAUAGUUCACACUAAACAUGACAAUUGAAAACUUGAAUCAUUUUGUGUCUCUUGGUGGCCAGCAGAGGGCGAUUGUGUUAUACAGUAAUUGUGUGCAACGUAUUUGUUUGCAAGUGAAUUUAUGUUCAGAUAAGUACGAACAUUUGUGUAUUUGUUAUCUUUUUCUAUAAUCUGACAAUGAAAGCUGGUUUAGCUUGUAUUGAAAUAUGCAAACAAAAACUGAUCUGAACUGCAAUCCGAGCCAUCAUAUCUAAGCUUUGUUUUGUGUAACAAGAAAAUGAAUGGAAAUAAACAUACUAAUACUUUGGAAA